AUGUUCAUCCUAACAACUAUCUCAGAUCUGAUUCAGAUAUCGCCUGAAGAUUUCUCAAAAUUCAGCGCAGUGGCUAUUGAAGACAAUAUCAAUGCGAAAUAUGCCAACAAAGUUAUUCAAAAAAUCGGCCUGUGCAUUAGCUUCUAUGAUUUGCUAGAGUCUUCUGAUGGUCUAAUUGGCCAUGGAACUGGGCUGGUCAAUGUUAACGUUAAAUUCCGUAUGAUUGUGUUCCGGCCUUUCAAGGGAGAGAUCAUGCUGGGGAAGAUCUCCAGUGGUACAGAGCAUGGAAUCAAAAUUGGCCUGGAAUUUUUCAAUGACAUUUUGAUCCCGCCACAAAUGCUCAUGGAGAAGUCCCGAUUUGACUAUGCCGAGCAGGUAUGGAUCUGGGAAAGUGAAGGCGGAACGGAAUUCUUCUUCGAUGUGGGAGAAGUUGUUCGAUUCCGGGUUGAAUCAGAAGAAUGGCACGAUCAGAUUCCUAAUGCACCAGAGCUUGGUGACGAAACUCCACAGGAACGGCGGCCUCCGUAUUCCAUUCUUGGAUCGAUGCAGAUGGGUGGAACUGGACCUAUCACUUGGUGGUAUUCAGAUGGACAAAUAACAUGGCUGACAGAUGAUCCGGCAAGUGCCGAACACUCCGAGACUCCGACUGAUCGGAGUGUCCGGCCGAUUCUCCGAGCAGAUUUGGCGGCGACCGGUGGAGCUCCGGUGGCAUUUCGUCCAGUCGCAUCAACGCGAUCCAUCGCCAUAUGCCACCCAGAGGUUGGCAGUACCUAA